CGUCUGCGAAAAAAUUAACGGGGUGUUUUGGCGAAGAGUAGUAUAAUAUUUUUUUACUGUAAACAGUGAAUUAUUGCGCAGGGCGUUUAUCUGGUGCGGAAAAGAAAAUAUAUCUGUAUAAAUGCCGGGAUAAACUUGCGUUCAAAAUGAGUAAGAUGUCGAAGAAUAAAUUAAACUUGACCCUCCCACCGGGGUCUAUUGACACGGCCCCGGCUGUUACACCGUCCAAUAUGACCCCGCAGCUGAAAUCUGCGACGGCUUCUGAACGGCAGGGUCUAGCAGGGAAGUCGAAAACUAGCAUUGAAGCUCUCACUGAGAGGCUUGAACAAAUAGAAAUGGAUGAUACACAGCGACGCAGGAUAGAAGUCUUCCUGUGCCAGAAAGAAAAGAUUGGUGAACUCAGUGAUGAUGACUUUGAAAAGCUAGGUGAAUUAGGUCAGGGAAAUGGUGGAGUUGUAAUGAAGGUGCGGCACAAGUCAACUGGGCUCAUUAUGGCCAGGAAGCUCAUACAUCUGGAGGUGAAGCCAGCCAUAAAGAAACAGAUUAUAAGAGAGCUAAAAGUGCUCCAUGAGUGCAAUUUCGCUCAUAUUGUCGGCUUCUAUGGGGCUUUCUAUAGUGAUGGUGAAAUUUCUAUUUGCAUGGAGUACAUGGACGGAGGGUCCUUAGAUUUAAUAUUGAAAAAGGCUGGAAGGAUUCCUGAAUCAAUUUUAGGAACAAUAACAUCUGCAGUCCUUAAAGGGCUGAGCUAUUUGCGCGAUAAGCAUGCGAUCAUGCACCGCGACGUCAAACCGUCCAAUAUACUCGUGAACAGUAACGGAGAGAUCAAGAUAUGUGACUUUGGCGUGUCGGGGCAACUCAUCGACUCAAUGGCCAAUUCGUUUGUCGGCACUAGGAGCUAUAUGUCGCCCGAGCGCCUUCAAGGCACUCAUUACUCGGUGCAGUCGGACAUCUGGUCUUUGGGCUUAUCUCUGGUUGAGAUGGCGAUCGGAAUGUAUCCCAUACCACCGCCUGACGCGAACACGCUAGCUGCUAUAUUCGGUGGAAGCAACGAAGAUCACUCUCCGGGACAGGCACCUAACUCCCCGCGUCCUAUGGCGAUAUUCGAACUCCUCGAUUACAUAGUAAACGAACCCCCGCCAAAACUACCGACGGGAAUCUUUUCCGAUGACUUCAAAGACUUCGUCGACCGAUGCUUGAAGAAGAAUCCCGACGAAAGAGCCGACUUGAAAACGCUUAUGAACCACACAUGGAUCCGCGCGGCGGACAUGGAGCGCGUAGACAUAGCGGGCUGGGUGUGCAAGACAAUGGACCUCAUGCCCUCCACGCCCAAUUCCAAUGUGUCUCCUUUUUCUUCAUAAGCUGCAAGAAGUGCAUACUUUCAUCAGCGAAAAAGGGUCAAAACAUUUCCCAAGAAGCAGGCGAGACAAUCAGUGAGGACGAAGACGCGGAGGAUUAGCCUACACCGCGGGACCGGAACAGUAUGUCAACUCUAGAUACCAUUCACAUCGACCUUACCACUUACCUGUUACCCGCAUAUACCCGUACCAGAGACGUGAUGACGACAAUAUCGUAACAUAUUGUAUAUAUUAUAAUAUAUCGCUCAUUUUGCGACAUGGAUGAUAUAACUAAAAAAAAUAUGCGAUUUUUUAGUUAAUUUAUAGACCUAGUUUAAUGUGAACAUUUCUCGAACAAGUAAGAUAAAGGUGAGAAACAUUUUAAAUUUUAUUUUUUAUAAAAAGAAAAAAAAAUGCUCUCGUGUAAAAUUUUACGCUGAGAUGUCAUCUUUGUCGCAAACUAGCAAUAUGUUUUAAAUUCUAUUUUUAAUUUCUAAGUAGUAUCUCAAUAGGUACGCUAUUAUAAUCUGCGUCUUGUCAUAUUUUUUUUUUAUCUAUCUCACGGUUGCACUCAUUGUGCAAGCGAGACGGAUAGAUAAAGCGUCAUAGUGAUGUGCGUAAAAGUAGCGAGUGAAUAUCGAUGGAUUGUAACAAUUUGCAUGUUAAAAGCUAGAUACCUGUGGUUGUCGAUCGUACAUCGAUAUUAUUACUGAUGUUGAUGACAAUUCAGAUAAUAACGCCAGUCUUUGUGUUAAUUUCCAAGUUGACUGUGACUGAAGUGGCGUUAAUCUGUCAAAGUUAGGUUAUCG